AUGCAUCAGCCUCAUAUCCGGCGAACCAACGCCGACUGCGAGAUACAUCAGUACUUGGAGGACCGCGUUUGGGAUCCUGCAUAUGGGGGACACGAGGCACCCGGUCGUGCUCAAAGAUCUUCGUUCAUCAGCUCUGUAUUCAAGUCUACAUCCCCUUUGGACUAUAAGGGUGCCGCUGAGCAAAUAUGCAAUAUCCUUGACAACGUUUCUACGAGCAAAUGGGAUGAAACUUCCGUACAGAUUAUCGACGUCCUCGCAGCUCAAAGCGAUUUGUGUUUCCCUCAGCCAUUUUCAGUCGAAGAGACUCUAGUCUGCGGGGAAAAGUAUACCACUGAUCGGAUUUACAUGGACGAGAAGACCUUUCUGGUGAAUGUGUUGCUUCCUGGAGAAGAUCAGUUCGACACGCUGGAGAUCGGAUAUGAUACCGUCGUCACGAUUGAUAUUGGCAAAGUAGCAAGUGAUGCUACCCGUGUAUCGGUUGUUCUCAAUGCGCCGCCACGGUUAGGAAAAGAUCAUCUGAAAAUGACGCCUGCUACAGAGCAUAAGGUGCUGUUCACCUUUCCAGCCCAGGAAGAGUCACGUUUCCGACAAACCAUACGCUGCAGAACGCUGGAAAGUCUUGUACACAUCCGGUCCCCUCGCCCUCAAAAACAGUCCCUAGCGACGCACGCUGCUUAUCUUGAGGUCAAUGGCGAAGGGAAGCUUGUGCAAAGGCUCAGCCAAACAGAAAGAAUCGAGGACGUGCAGAAGUUUUACGCAACCGACGUUCUCAGCGACGAUAUUCAAUCGGCAAACGGCUUUGAACACACCACUGAAAUACCCAAGCCCUUCGACCAGUCAUCCUCGCCCAUCGAAGACUUCGGCGAUGAUGAAGUCUCUCGCUCUAUGGUUCAAGAUCCGCACGAUAAGGACGAUAUCGACAUCGACGAGCCUCAACGCAACAACACUAUGGACUCGGAUUUGACUGAUCUCUCUGAGCUGUCUAGUUCUCCUUCAGCAAGACCUCGGCCUUCACAACAUCGAACCGCUUCACUGGUGCGCAUACGCGGAAGAUUGCCUAUGGUUCCAAGCUUCACGACAAAUGCUUCUGCUCGCCUAGCUCGCGGUGGCCUGGGAGCUGUAAUCUUGGACUCUGACGACGAUUCUCCACCAAAGCGAACCGGACGCACAGCGAAAAUAGCCCUAUCCACUCGAUCUACUUUCGAUGAACCUGAACCUGAAGGACCUGAACGCAACCCUCCCUCCAUCGUUCCGGUUUCUCUAGUCUUGCAACCAUUCCUCAACGAACUCGUCACUGCCAGUCCUCCAAACCGACAAAAACCCACCAUCAAGAAUGCACCGCUUCCUUCUUCUCGCAGGGAGAUCCCUGCUCCAGAUUUCAACGCCGCGGUCUCGUCUCCACCCGCUGCGCCUAAUUCAACUCUCAAAAGAUCUCUCUCUACACGCUCUGCCCUCCCGGACAUCGAAUGUCACGCUAUUUCUGAUCCGUUGUAUAACCCCUCCGCCCCCAUUGCUCUCGUCAGGCCUUCCAUCUCCAUAGCUGCUCUGCGGGCGAACCAAGUAUUUGACGACUUAGCUCCUCCGUCCAGCUCUCCCAGUCCGGCGGUGCGAAGACCCGUCAAACAGGGACUUCGCAAGACUGGAGAAGCGUUAACUGUCAUCCCAAAGCCCCUGAAGAGAGCAAGGUCAUCCGAAACACAAGUUCCAGACGAUAUGAUGCCACCACCUCAGCGAACAAAGCGAGCUCGAAGCUCCUCUAUAAACGACUUACAAGCUCCCGCUGUGCUCGACGACGACAACACUAUACUGCUGCUUGCUGCUUCGGACGCUGACAAACUGCUGAAACCCACUGUGCGCGCCGGGAAGAGAUACCGUGCGAAGGGCAAAACGUCUUCCCCACACCCUGAUGGCUCUGAGCUGGGACCGAAGUCUGAUCUCUGGAUCGACUAUGACGAGCUUCCUGUCGCUUCUGUUGCUGCUCCAACCAAAGCUCCGACACAAGGCUCCCCUACUGCGUUAACGAAGAAGUACACAACUCGAGCCGGUGCGAAGAAAACCGUGAAGAAAGAAGGCCAGAUGACGAAGGCGAUGAAGGAAACGAAAACAACAGAUGAGCACAAAGACGCGACACGGGACGACGAUCCGCAAGGUACAAAACCUGCGAUCACCGAUGCGACGCAGAAAUCGAGAUCGAAGGUGGAAGCCGAAGCCGACAAGUGUGGAAUUGUAGACGCGCCGGUGGAUACGAACGCGGCGCCCAAGGCUCCCAAGAAAAGACCUCCAGUGCCAGCAAGAGGCUUCCGCGUUCCGCCUCGACCGCGCAAGACGCACAAAGGUCCACCCGACGAGCCCGCGGCGGAUCCGGACCCCAAGAAGAGCGAUAAGGAGACUAACUCGCCACCCGAUGCAGAUACAAAGAAACCGGCUGGAUCGACGGCUAAACCAAGCGAAGUGGACGUCUCCGGUCCAACGCUGUGGGAAUCCGAUGACAGGGAACAUGGUCACUUCAGGCUGGAGCUAAGCUCCGAUCUGCUUGCGGAAAACACAGACAUAACUUUCGUGAACGAAGACAGCGCUCAGGCUGACCCCGAUGAGUUCAAUGAACCUCAACCGUCUAUCGAAGAAGUUGGAGAUUCUUCCGACGCCCCGCCGGUUGCCAAGAAUGACGCUUGCCUUCCUCCUCCGUCAAAGUCUGGAAGUAAAACUCCAUGGGACGCAGCAGCUGACCUCGGUCUCUCCUCACUGUCCGAUCAGCACGGCGGGGAACCGCCAACUCUCACACAGCUAGAGACCGUUCCAAACGUCAAAGUCCCGCGGACUUCGCCUCCUGCUGGCGACACCGCCCUUUUCAGCGAGCAGCUAGACCGCUCCAAUGAUCCCCACACGACUUCGGACUUUCGCAUACUAACUCCUCCGACUCGCCAAGCUCCGCCCCCUCUACCAAAGCCCAAGAAGGCCAUCAUCAUCGAUCUUACUCUAGACCCGUCAAGUCCAGAGUCCAUGAACCAUAAAUAUACUAUCCCUUCAAAGGAGAGGCUUUCUCCACUGCCACCCCCGCCUCCGCCGAAGGCCUCUCAGUCUCCGGUAGAACCCACCGUCAACGAAGUCCGCGCUGCUGACGGGAAUCUGCAAGUAAACGUAGCCAUCCCCCAUAAGGAGCGGCCACCUCCCCGCGACACGCGCGGACCUCAGCGCCUGGUCAGAUUCGCCUCAAAAGUGGACGAGAGACGUCCGGCGUCCCCACUGCGCAUCGAGCCUAUGCCAGGGAAACGGAUCUCGCAUGCAUCGUCAAGCUCAACACCGUCAAAGAUCCCCACGAGCAUUCGCCGCAAGGCGACAGGCUUCACCCGCACAGAUGACGAAGACUUCGAGGAGCCCGUCGCAGCCGAGACGCGUAGGAAAGACCCCAUGGAGGAAAUCAUCGCCGUCCUCAAGAAGAUCAACGAGGCCGUCAUCGAGACCCUCGGUGGCAAGUUCGAAAGCGUGCGCGACGACGCCCAGGCCGGACGCAUGGAGCUCCUCCAGGACGCCGCGGCCGACCUGGACGAGCUCCGGGAGGAGAGCAUCGAGCACUUCAACCGGCUCGUCGACCUCGAGGUGGAGUACGCGACGUACGGGCGGAGCAUCAUCCACGGGACGGAAGACCUCGCCCACCUCAGCCACGGGAUAUGCGGGGAGCUGCAGGCGGCGAUUGAGAAGCACGACAGGGGGAUGCUCUCCGGGAAGAUGCCGCCGACGCUGGUGGACCUCGAUUUGUGA